CCGGGUCCCAGCCUCUACUUACCCCGCCAGCCCCGGGAGGCUCGCAGAGCGAGCCGCGCCGGCGUCAUGUGACUGCCCGGAGUUGGUGCCAGGAGCCAGAGGGGAGCCAGGAGCGGAGCCGCGCGGAGCCGGGGCCCGAGUCGGAGCGCAGCGCGAGCGCCCGCCGAGCCGAACCGCGCCGCGCCCGCCGCACGCGCGCCUGUCCCUGUCCCGGCCCCGGUACCCUGCGGCCGCCGCCGCCCGGACCGGAGCGCUGACAUCGCUGCACUCGCGGGGCGCAAGGCAGCCGCGUCCGGGCCUUUAUCUCUCGUCAGCCGCGCUCAGCGCCGCGCCUCGCAAAUACACGUUCAUGCAAAGUAACUCAUGAGGGGCAAAGAUUUAGAGAUACUCCGUGGAGUUUCUUUCCUUUCAAACCAGCGAUAGACGACAGAGGCAGGUGAAAAUCGUGGCGUUACGAAAAGGACGCACUUUCAGGCCCAACACCAGAGCACCCUAGAAGGUUUAACUAAAAGAAUGCUCAUGUUUGACCCAGUCCCUGUCAAGCAAGAGGCCAUGGACCCUGUCUCAGUGUCCUACCCAUCUAAUUACAUGGAAUCAAUGAAGCCCAACAAGUACGGGGUCAUUUACUCUACACCAUUACCCGAUAAGUUCUUUCAGACCCCGGAAGGCCUGCCCGGAAUACAGAUGGAGCCGGUGGACCUCACGGUGAACAAGCGGAGUUCUCCACCUUCGGCUGGUAAUUCUCCUUCCUCGCUGAAGUUCCCGUCCUCGCACCGGAGAGCCUCGCCUGGCUUGAGCAUGCCCUCUAGCCCGCCCAUGAAGAAGUACUCGCCCCCUUCUCCGGGCAUACAGCCCUUCGGCGUGCCGCUGUCCAUGCCGCCAGUGAUGGCGGCCGCCCUCUCCCGGCACGGAAUACGGAGCCCUGGGAUCCUGCCCGUCAUACAGCCCGUAGUGGUGCAGCCCGUCCCCUUCAUGUACACGAGUCACCUCCAGCAGCCUCUCAUGGUCUCCUUGUCGGAGGAGAUGGAAAAUUCGAACAGUAGCAUGCAAGUACCUGUAAUUGAAUCCUAUGAGAAGCCUGUAUUACAGAAAAAAAUUAAAAUAGAGCCUGGGAUCGAACCACAGAGGACAGAUUACUAUCCUGAAGAAAUGUCACCCCCUUUAAUGAACUCAGUGUCCCCCCCGCAAGCAUUGUUGCAAGAGAAUCAUCCUUCAGUCAUAGUGCAGCCUGGAAAGAGACCUCUACCUGUGGAGUCUCCGGAUACCCAGAGGAAGCGGAGGAUACACAGAUGUGAUUAUGACGGGUGCAACAAAGUGUACACUAAAAGCUCCCACUUGAAAGCACACAGAAGAACACACACAGGAGAAAAACCCUACAAAUGUACGUGGGAAGGAUGCACAUGGAAGUUUGCUCGGUCUGAUGAGCUAACAAGACAUUUCCGAAAACAUACUGGAAUCAAACCUUUCCAGUGUCCAGACUGUGACCGCAGCUUCUCCCGUUCUGACCACCUUGCCCUACAUAGGAAACGCCACAUGCUAGUCUGAACGCCUCCGUCUCCAGCCUCAACACGACCCCCACUCACCUGGCUCUCUCUCUGUCCUCCCUCCCAUUAUCUAACACAUUUUUUACAUGUACAUUUUAAUUUUGAUUCAGCUGGUCUGAAUCUCUGAAUUUAUAUCAUUCACAACUUCCAUAUGGUCAGUAGUAGAUACUCUCUAAUCCUCCCUCUCCUUACCACGGGUCAGACCUAAAGAAUGUGAACACUUUUUUUUUUUCGGGGAUGCUAAGCAAACCCUUCUAGAUACGUUUAAUGUAAUGAGAACAAGGGAACAUGUAAAUUAACAUAGCCAGCUGUCGGUUUCUCCAUGUAUUCCUCAAAAGAAUGUCAAAGUAAAUGUAUUAGAAAUAUAGUAUCCAGCCUGCUAGUCCUUGCCAGAGACAUUCUGUGCCCUGCGAUCACAUUUUAUUCUUGACAGCCGAAAGGAGGAUGGUCUCUUUCACCGGUUAGCUAGAAGUACAGCAAGAUUUCAAGCUAGUACAGUCAAUUCUUCCAUCGUCCUUCACAAAUCUUGCUUGUCAGCCCGGAGUUAUCACCUCAUCUGAAUCAAGUUCUUUGCCCUCCUUUGUGCCUGCAGCCCAUGUGGAGAUCUUUGCCAUCCCUGGGAGAUGAGCCAGAGCUUUGGUUUAGGUGGGCGACGUGUCCCAGUUCGAGGGAUGGACGCUGUGCUUGCGUGGCCUGGAGUAGGAGCAGGGGCCACUGAGCUGGGGAAGCCGGGGAGGCAAAGGGGGAAGCCGGCCUUUCCUCCUGGGCUGGGGGUUGGUGAAAUUUCAGCAUGUGGUUAGCUGUGCCGGGCGUUCCUGGAGCUUCGGGCUCUGCGUGCUCCGCUGUGCAGAACCAUGCGUAAAGCCAAAUGCCGAUGACGUCAUCCUUGCCACUAUCUCCAUUCCUACAAUGUCCUUAACAGGAGAUUGUCAAGCAUUGAUAGUAGGGACUCCACGAAAAUAUUUGCCUAGUAACAGUAAAAGAUCUUUUGGGUAAGAGUAUGGAUGGUCUGUCUUUUACCUGAACCUGCAUACAGCUUUUUUGUAAACAGGGAACUGUUGAGUGGUACUCGUAUUCCCGUAUCAAAUUAAUCAUGUAGCUUUUAUACAGAAACUCUUCUGUGUGAGCUGUAAGGUGCCAAAUUGGCUGUCAUUUGUGUUCAUGACACAGAUCAUAAAGAAGCAUCUGCUAAUGCUUUAGUAGAUUCAUUGAAUUAAGCCUGGAGUGACACUAUUUGUAAAUAUGAUUAGUUGUGAAGCACACAUACCUUUAUUUUGGGGCUUUCUGAAAAAUACAGAAAACCACAGAUCAGGGAUUCACAUACAUAACUCAAAAAUUCCCAAAAGUUUACUAUUAGAGCUGGCAAUUUCCUAUCACUGUCAAGUAUCAGAACAAACUGAAAAUAAUGACUCAUGUGUAUGUUGAAGAUAAAUAGCACCAUCAUUGGAGCAAGUUUUUCAAAAGCAGGCUUUUGAGCACCACAGUCCAUGCCAAUAAAAAUGAUUCAUGCAUAGAAAUGCCGUCGGUCCUGAAUUUGAAGAAAGUGGGCAACAGUGGUUAAAUGUAGGUGCGCAUAACCAAAUGCACCUUCAUCCCUCCUUAAUGAAUCGAGGAGAGAAGAAUGGAAUUCCGAACAUUCAUCCCAGCCACAACUCGGGAUCCAACACAACCUUAACUGGGAGGAAUACAUUGUUUAACCGUUUUUAAAACAUCAGCGAAUGGGUGAUUCUAGAGGCCUGUGAAUUUUGUGGGGAGCUUGCUUUGAUGGCCCUACAUCAAUGAAAAUUGUAGGGACUGUGUGUACCUGAAGGGUGCCACUCAGCCCUGUGAACCAACUGAAAGGAAAUGUAGUUGAGAAAUGCAGAGAAGUUUGUUAUCUUGGCACUUGGUUUUGAUUUUCUUUCUUUUUUCUUUUUGUUUUUUUUUUUUUAGCACUGCAAAAUUUAUUUAGAACAUAAAACAUCCUAAUUGGGCUAUUUUUUUUUUCUUCUUUGCAACUAAGACAUGAAUUGAGGGAUAAAAAUGGCUCUUUGAAAAGUAGAUACUGUCUGUAUUGUAAAUGCUUAAUCACAUUCAUGCCCAAGUGUUCAUUUCUUGAAAUGCUUCUUCCACAACACGCAGAAUAAAGAUGGAAUGCAAGGAACUUUUUUGUUAUGGUGGAAAAUAACUAGCUUAUGUGUGUUCCAACGCAUAUAGGGGGGAAGGGGACAGAAAGGAUAGAACUGAUCUUUGAAUCAGCUUUGAGUCUGAGUUUAGUUAAUAGAAAGCUUCAAGAGUUCUCAUGAAAUUUGAUGCAUUUGCUAUAGCAUAUUUAAAUUUUGUUCAAAAGGUCAAGCAAGACCCUGCAAAGACUCUUACACAUUGCACUUACACGUUGCGAAGACUCUUGCUGAGAUUAUAUUAACAGUUCGUUAACAAAGAUCCAGAGUUUCCAACUCUGGAAAAACAGCCCACAGAGGCCAUUCUCUGUUCCCAUGCUGGUCAAUAUACUUUUAUUGCCAAUUGGCCAUCACCAAAUUCUUCUUAUAUAUAUAUUUGUAUUUUACUGUGGUAGUUGAGAAAUUUAGUCUCUUAGCCACUUUUAGCUGUUACUGUGGAAGACCUCAAAUAUGCGAUAAGAUGCCCUUGAACGUGCGGUUUUAAUGACGCGCCGUGUCACCAUCCGUGGUGGUUCUAACUGCCAUGUUUUACAUUGACAAGAAUGAUACGUAAACGUGAGGUUGGAGUCGUGAAUUUUGCUUGUUACAGCGUUUCUUCAGUUAGUACCCUUCAGAGAAGUCAGAAUUAAAUCAGAAUCCAUCCUAUUUUAGAGUUUUAAAAUGUGAAUCUACAUUAUAAAUGGGCAUUAACAUCCUAAAUCACUUGGUUUGGAGAAUGCGUUAGCAGCAUAGCUCUGUUCAGCCAAGGAGACGCUAGAUACACAGAAGUUUCAAGAGCCUUGGAGCAGGGCUACAGGGGAACUAUAUAUGAAUGUGUAUAUUUUGCUAAACACACAUCUGCACUAUCAGUAUUGCACUAAUGUGGAAUUUGAAAGAUUAUAUGCUGAUACUAUGUAUCUGCACAUCAUUCCUGAUUAGAUUGUUUUAAAGACAAUCUUAAAGAUUUAAGGUUUUAAAAUAAUUUGGUUUGAAAAUACAUAGUUGUCUUGAAGGAAUUGCUGUAAUACAUGAAGUUGCUCAGAGUUGUCUUUAUUCUCUUGGUCAAAGUUAAUUUCUAAGUGAUUGCAAAUUCACCUAAAUAAUACAUUUAGAAAGCCAUUUUACAUGCAUUAAAUGAGGGCUACAACAAUAUUGUUUUACAAAUACUAGCACUUUUUUUUCUGUUAUGUACUUAGUGUUAGAGGGUCAAAAUAAUCUUUCUGCUUAGCAUCUCUUAAACCAUACCUGCAAGUAUAGCAGGAUUAUUACAUUUACAGUAUACUUUAAUACUUGUAUAAACUAUGCAGAAAUUUUUAAUAAAGUGUAAUAUAUUUUAUAAGCUAA